AUGCCGUCAUGUGUUGUGAAAUGGUGUAGAAGCCGUUCAGAUAUGAAAAACACUGGAAUCACAUUUCAUAAAUUCCCAAUAAAUAAAAUUCAGCGUGAAAAAUGGGUAUCCGAAGUUCGUUUGGAAAGAAAUGAAUCUGAUUGGAGGGCUUGCGAAUCUAGUAGGAUAUGCAGCAUACACUUUCGAAGUGAAGACAUCUACGUUCUUGGUAAUGGUAAACGUAAAAGAUUAAAGAAAUCUGCGUUGCCUAUUUGCACUAUGGUUAGUCGAUUACCUGCAAAUGUUAAUCCCUCUGAUGAUUUAACCUCCAUCACUCAAAAUACAAAUUUGCAGGUAGAUAUGGGAAAGCACAAAGAAAAUUAUUACAAACACAAAAAAAAUAGAGGAAGAUUUAAAAGAAAGCAGUUAAAUGUGACCAGCUAUUUCAAGGAGCGAGAUGUGAUAAAAAAAAAAGAGACCAUGGAAACGGGUUUCCGACUAACGAGAUCGGACUUCAAGAGUGGAUUGCAAUUGUUCGUAAACAAAGAAACGAAUCAGACUGGAUACCUUCAAAAUCCAGCCGAAUUUGUAUCAAUCAUUUCAAAGCUACUGAUAGAUAUACUGCGAAAAAAGGUCGAACACUACUUAGGAAGAAUGCUGUUCCUGUUAUUCAGGCAUUUGAGAAAUCAGCGGAAAUCCCAUUCAGAAAAUCUGGACAAAGAUCCGUCAACUGAAUCAUUACAUUCAUCUACGACUAUUGAAGAAACUCACGAUCCGUUUGGUAUGGCAGUUGAUGAGGAGACUUCGUCGCCGGAUAUUACGGUAGCUACUUCUUACAAUUAA